AUGGAAGAGAAAAUAGAGGAAACAAAGAAUGAGACUAAAGAAAAAAUUGACACCAUUGAUUGGGAAAUACAUGAAGAAGAAAUAGUGAAAGGACUUGUAAAGGAAAUAAAAGAAGGACUGCUUAGUGACCGGGGAGAACAAAAGAUGCAUCAACCUUGCAAGGAAGAAACAACAUAUGCAAAUAUGACAAAGAAAUAUCUACCGGAAACAGUACACUCAAUAAUACUGACAUCAGAGGACAAAAAUGACACAGCAGAAGACCUUAUACAAAAAGCAAAUAAAAUAUUAGACCCUAAAACAGGAAACAUUAAAAUUGACAAGAUUAGAAAAAUUAAAGACCAAAAAAUUAUAAUCGGAUGCAAACAAGAAAACGAAAUAAACAAAAUUAAAGAGAAAUUAGAGGAAGGCAAAGGAAUAACUAUAGAGAAAAUCGAAAAUAAAAAUCCAUUGAUAGUAAUCAAAGACGUCCAAUAUAAAUUACAGGAUGAAGAAUUAACCCAAUUAAUAAUAAACCAGAACAAGGAAUAUUUUAAAAAAGAAGAAGAUAAAGAAAUGAGAAUAAAAUUCAAAAAGAUAGCAAUAAAUCAAGAAAGAUGUCAUGCGGUCAUACAAGUGAAACCAGAAGUAUGGGGUGCCAUGACAAGAGCGGGAAGGGUGUCGAAGACCAAUCGCCGCUCAUCCAGUGUACGAAAUGCCUGGGCUUUGGUCAUGGCAAGAAAUUUUGCCAGGAAAGUGCGAGCAGAUGCAGCCACUGUGGGGAACCGCAUCUCAGGGCAAACUGCCCGGAAAGAGAAGCAGGCAGACCACCACGGUGCUGCAACUCCGCGCACGCUGGAAUGGAAAGUGAAGAGCAUAAUGCCUUUAGCAAGGAGUGUAGGGUACGAGAGAAGUGGGAGUACUUGGCCCGCACUACCACGGCUUAUGCCUAAAACGAAGAUACACAAAACAGAAAACAUAUACAUACAAGCACAAAUAAAAAACAAAACAAAACACACAACUACGCAAAACAAACACAAUAAAAAACAAAGAUACAAAAACGAAAUACAUGCCUAUAGGCAUAAUGAGUAUACAAAUAUGGGCAUGGAACAAAUAAAACACAAAAACACAAACACAUUAAAAUAGUUAUAAAUUAAUAACGCAAGCAUAAUGAUAUGGAAAGUUAUUAAACAAACUAGGAUCAGACAAAAAAUGCAUAAAGAAUAACAAUAAAAAGGACAAGUUAGGUUCACAAUAAACUAUAAUUGUAUAGAUUGGAGUGACCAAACAAAAAGAAAAUAGAUUAGGAUUUACGUAAAGAAGUAAAACAAUAGGAUAAAGAAGACAGUAACAAGGGGUUGAAAACUAUUUAUAGAAUUAAUAGUGAUAAGUAAUAAAACAUUAUAUAGGCAAUUAUUACAAGUAAGGUAAAUUAAAAUGGAAAAGAUAGCAAAAUAUGGACAUGUGUUAAAACAGGGAAAAUAAGUAAAAUAGAAAUAAUAAAAUAAAUAAACUAAACAAUGUAAAUAGAAUUAAGAAAUGUAAAACACUUAUAUAUAUAUAUAUAUAUAUAUAUAUAUAUAUAUAAGUAAAGAAUAAAACAGAAAAGGUCUAAAACUGACAUAAAAAUUGUAAUAACAACAGUAUAAAUAUAAAACAAUAAAAUGUAAUAGAACAAAUAUAGAAAAAUAAAUAUGUAAAGGAUAAGUGAAUCAGAAGAUUAAGUAAUGUAAUUAGAAUUAAGAAAUGUAAAACAUUUAGAUAUAAGUAAAGAAAAAUGUUAAAGUAGAAAUAAAGAAAAAGGGUAAAAAACUGAAACAAAAAUUGUAAUAACAAUAGAAUAAACAUUAAAGCAACAAAUGUAAUAGAAUAAAUAUAGAAAAAUAAAAUGUAAUAGAAUAAGUGAACAAGAAGUAUAUGUAAUAGGAUAAGAAUAGGACAAAUAAAAGAAAGCGUUGAG